AUGGCGACCCUCUUGCCCCCUCCGACCAAGCGCCAAAGGACAGACGCCACCGAAAAGGCGCGCCAGCAGCAAGAUGUCGAGAGCGUCCCCGCCGAUCUGGGUAGCAUCCGAGUGCAAUUCUUCGACCAAGCCACAGGGUCAGCAACAGGUCCUGCGGUGUCGGUUCCGGUGGCUGAUGCGACGGUGAAGAACUUGGAGACUCUUCUUAACACAUUACAAGGCAAUGACGAUGAUGAGCGAGUACCAUACCGGUUCACAUAUCAAUCAGACGACAAAGAUAACCAGACGAUCGAUAUUCUGGCGGAUUUAUACCACUCCCUUCUCAAGCCCGGAUUGAAGACCACCGAAGAUACUGUCCCCCUCUACUUUACCCCGCAAGCCGUCUUUCGAGUCAAAGCCGUGUCGCGAUGCUCGGCCUCGAUAGCUGGACACGGAGAAGCCAUUCUCGCGACCUCAUUCUCGCCCGUCUCAUCCUCUACAAUGGUGUCUGGAAGUGGUGACUCGACAGCUCGGGUGUGGGAUUGCGACACCGGCACGCCGAUGCAUACCCUCAAAGGUCACACCAGCUGGGUGCUGGCGGUCAGCUACUCACCGAACGGAGCGAUGAUUGCGACUGGAAGUAUGGAUAACACGGUGCGCAUCUGGGAUGCGAAGAAGGGCCAGGCACUCGGAGGCCCGCUUAAGGGUCACACAAAAUGGAUUACCAGUUUGGCUUGGGAGCCGUACCAUCUCCAACAGUCGGGAGCGCCACGACUGGCCUCUACAUCGAAGGACUCGACUAUUCGGAUUUGGGACGUGGUGUCACGCAGGAUAGACACGGUUCUGUCUGGCCAUAAAGGAUCGGUGACUUGCGUCCGCUGGGGUGGAACAGGGAAGAUCUACACAGCUUCGCAUGACCGGACGAUCAAGGUGUGGAACGCAACAAACGGAACGCUUCUCCAGACCCUGUCUGCGCAUGCGCACCGCGUAAACCACCUGGCGCUUUCGACCGACUUCGCGCUCCGGACGGCUUAUCACGACCACACGGGCAAAGUGCCGCAGGAGGAAUCCGAGAAGGUGGCAGCGGCGAAGAAGCGGUUCGAGCAAGCUGCCACAGUCAACAAUAAAAUUGUUGAGAAGCUCGUGUCGGCUAGUGACGAUUUCACCAUGUACCUCUGGGAACCUGAGAGCUCGAACAAGCCGAUCGCGCGCCUACUGGGUCACCAGAAGGAAGUAAACCAUGUCACUUUCUCGCCAGACAUGGCAUACAUUGCCUCUGCAGGAUUCGACAACCAUGUGAAGUUGUGGAACGGGCGUGAUGGAAAGUUCAUCACUACUCUCCGCGGUCACGUCGGAGCAGUAUACCAGUGCUGCUUCUCAGCAGACUCGCGCCUGUUGGUAUCAUCGUCCAAGGACACGACAUUGAAGGUGUGGAAUGUCCGGACAGGGAAGCUCUCGAUCGAUCUUCCCGGCCACCGGGACGAAGUGUUUGCGGUGGAUUGGAGUCCGGACGGACAAAAGGUCGGCAGUGGAGGGAAAGACAAGGCAAUCCGUAUUUGGAGACACUGA